AUGACGUCGCGGGACGCUGCGUUGAACGUCUUCGCCGAUGCUCGGCACUGGCUGGAAGACCCGGAGGCGGGCUUCUGGCACGCGGCCGAGGGGGUCGGACACGAGAUCGACGACUCGGGCCACCAGCUGGCCCACGAUGUCGGACUGCUGCGGGUAGGGAAGGCGGCUGUGGGGGCAGACACGUGCUUCGUGCGCUGGUUUUCAACACUUUAUGUGGUACAGGAGGGACCCCCUGUAUGGGAGCUGAGGCGCUCAAGUGGCGUGGGCGGCGUGCAGCCUCCUCUACAGCCUCUGCGCCUGACUGCCCACUACCCGCUGCUCGCCGGCAGGCACCCGGUCAAGGCCCUCAACUUAGAAGCUACUACAGCCAUGAAGGGAGCCCUCGUCCUGCUGAUCUCCGGCGUGUUGUUUGUAGCAUACUGCACUCCGCUCGCUGCUGCAGAUGAUGGAGACGAAGUGGUGGAAGAAAUAGCCGAAAGCAGAGACGCUGAUGACGACGAGACAGACAGCUUAACAGACGACGACGCCGACGACAGCGGUGUUGAUGAGGGUCAAAGUGGAGAGAGCAGGGUUUCAACGAAAGGUGCUCACGCCCGCGCUGGCCACGCCAAACAUGCGAGGGCAGGCAGCCGACACGGUGUGGCUAGAUCCGGAGCCAGACCCCAUGCCAGGUCAGGCGCUGCCCGCAGAGCUGCCCACAGCAGGUAG